GCUGAAUGUAUAGUAACAAAGCCCAUUUUUUGCAGGGUAUCCGCAGGUAGAGCCACCCUGAAAAUAUUCAGUUUGCUCCACACCCUACUCCUUUCGCCGAUUUCAGUCUUCAAUUACCUGAAGAACAAUCCGUCUGUUUUAAAUCCCUGAAUCGAAUAUGAGGCCAAUUUUGAUGAAGGGCCAUGAAAGGCCUUUAACCUUUUUGAAGUACAACAGAGAUGGCGAUCUUCUCUUUUCGUGUGCUAAAGACCAUAAUCCUACAGUUUGGUUUGCUGAUAAUGGUGAACGUCUUGGAACUUAUCGUGGUCACAACGGUGCCGUUUGGUCCUGCGACAUCUCCUGGAAUUCUUCUCGCCUUCUCACUGGUAGUGCCGAUCAGACAGCAAAGCUUUGGGAUGUCAAAAGCGGAGAGCUAUUGUAUACCUUCACCUUUGACUCUCCUGCUAGGUCUGUUGACUUUUCAACGGGUGAUAAACUUGCUGUUAUGACUACUGAUCCAUUCAUGACAAAGACAUCGGCAAUUCAUGUGAAACACAUUACAGAAGACGUUGAAGAACAGACCAACGAAUCUGUUCUUGUGAUGAGAGGGCCAAGUGGACGAAUAAACAGAGCUGUAUGGGGCCCUCUGAACAAGACUAUAAUCAGUUGUGGUGAGGAUGCUAUUAUUCGUGCAUGGGACCCUGUGACCGGCCAAGAGGUAAUGUCUACAAAAGACAACGAAAAUGGUCACAAGAAGACAAUUACGUCACUUUGUCUAUCUGCAGAUAAGUCACAUUUCCUUACUGGUUCGCUGGAUAAAUCAGCUAAGCUGUGGGACACAAGAACUUUAACCCUGAUUAAAACCUAUGCUACGGAGCAGCCGGUGAAUGCUGUUACCAUGUCUCCCCUCCUGGACCAUGUUGUGCUUGGAGGUGGUCAGGACGCAUCUGCAGUGACAACUACAGAUCAUCGUGCUGGAAAGUUUGAGGCUAAAUUCUAUGAUAAGAUACUCACAGAAGAAAUCGGAGGCGUUAAGGGGCAUUUUGGACCUAUUAAUGCUUUGGCAUUUAAUCCUGACGGAAGAAGUUUUGCGAGUGGAGGUGAAGAUGGUUAUGUGAGGUUACACCACUUUGAUUCAGAUUAUUUCAAUAUCAAGAUCUAAUCAAUUUUUGGUUCUUUUUUUUGUUUGAUUAAAGAUAAUUAAUUACUUCCUCCGUUACAUUUGUUGGGUAGCUGAUUUGAAUCAAUAGCUUAUUGUAUUAUGGAAAUAAUUUUAAGAUUUGGGUGCAAUUCCUACCAAUUUCUGUAUCUUUUCCUAAUUAACAUUUUUAUUGGGAAUUGUUUUGAAAUAGAAUAAUUUGCGAAUUAUAGUCUUAAAGUUUAA